AUGUUUAGUUCACCAAGAUUAUCUCGUACGUCAAUGGAUAUAAUAACAACAAAACAUAUUCUUCACGAAAAAUGUCAAACGAUAGAACAAUUAAAGAAUAUUAUUGAUGAAUUAAAAAUGCGACAUGAAAAAAAGGAACAUGAAUUAAUUAAACAAAUCGGAGUUUUAUAUAAUGAUUUACAACAGAAUAAGAAAAAGAUGGCGCAUCUUAUACUCAAAUAUCAACAACAGAAAAAAUUUAGUGAAAAUAUGAAAACCUUAAAAGAUUUCUCAUGCCAAACCGAUCAAAACAAUUCAUCGCUAAUCUGUUCAAAUUGUUCAACACAUUACGAUGAAUCUAAAUCAUAUUGCACAAAAGUCAAAAGUUCAGAAAAGCGUCCAAAAUAUUAUACGCUUCAAAGAGAUGAUCAUAUUGAAUAUAUAUCUGCAAUACCUCAACCUCAAUCUCAUCAUUCAUUAUCAUCGCCUUCUCUCUCGACAACCGAUCAAUCAUCAAUAAAGCAUAAUGAAAGCAGUUCAAGUGCAUACAAUACAGCUGAAAGUUUACCAAGUAGUACAUAUUCUGAUGAAAAUGAGUCUCUUGAACGUGUUUUAAAUGCUGCUUGUACAAUGUAUACAACACACGAUAACCUUGAACAUACAAUUAAGUUACAAGAAGAAUUAUUUCGGCAACGUUUACGUUUACGAGGAAUUAAUCUUAAUAAUAAUAAUAAUAACAAUAAUAACAAUAACAAUAACAAUACUAAUAAUGACAAUCAUGACGAUAAUGCAAGUGAACAUUUUUAUGAUAAUAUCGAUAGUGAAACAAGUGAUAUUGAAAAACAAACAACCAUAUAUCGUAAUCGAUCUUUACCAUGGUUUCAAAAAAAACAACAACGCACAGUUACAUUUAAUUUGACCAAUGAUGAACAACAAAAAAAUAAAAUAGUACAACAAAAAGUAAGAUUUAGUGAUCAAUAUUAUUCACUUGGUAAACGUAAAAAUUUUAAAUCAUUAUCAAAAACAAAUCUCUCGAAAUUAAUAAAUAAUAAAAAAUAUAAUUAUCAAAGUUCAAAUAUGCCAAAUAAAAAAUUAUUAUCAUCAAAUAUGUUAACUGUGGCUAUAACUUGUGGGGAUACACCACUGCACUGCGAAGGUGGUAGUCAAACGAAUAAUACUAACGGUUCCUUAUGUCAACCACCCUGUGGGCCCGGUAUGUGUUGUUCAAAAUGGGGAUUUUGUGGGGAUACACCAUUGCACUGUGAAGGUGGAGGUCAAACGUGUCAACCGCCCUGUGGGCCCGGUUUCUGUUGUUCGAAAUGGGGUUUCUGUGGUGAUACACCACUGCACUGUGAAGGUGCAGGCCAAAGGUGUCAGCCACCAUGUGGGCCAGGUUUUUGCUGUUCAAAAUGGGGAUUCUGUGGUAAUACACCACUGCACUGUGAAGGUGGAGGUCAAACCUGUCAGCCACCAUGUGGGCCCGGUAUGUGUUGUUCAAAAUGGGGAUUUUGUGGGAAUACGCCAUUGCACUGCGAAGGUGGAGGGUACACGAACAAUACUAACGGUUCUCUAUGUCAACCGCCAUGUGGGCCAGGUUUCUGCUGUUCAAAAUGGGGAUUUUGUGGGAACACACCAUUGCACUGUGAAGGCGGAGGGCAAACGUGUCAACCUCCAUGUGGGCCUGGUUUCUGCUGUUCGAAAUGGGGAUUCUGUGGCAGUACACCAGAAUAUUGUGAAAAUCAACCUGGAGGUGGUAACAACAGUACUUCAAUUACUCGUGAGCAAUUCGACUGUAUUUUCGACAAUUUAGAUCCAGCUACGCGUGAUAAACGCUGGAAAGACUAUGAUACAGCUAUCUGUAUUUCGUUUUACGCUGGUGCUAUAGGUUUUCAAGAGGCAUUAACAAUGAUGCCGUUUGAAACACAAAGUCAAAAUGAAGUUAUGAUGUUUUUUGCACAUGUAUCACAUGAAACAGAUGGCUUGCAAACUUAUGAAGAAUACUGUGGACAAUCAGGUCAAUGUGCUAAUAAUUAUCAGGACUCAUGGUGUCCUCCAGUUGAGGCAGAGCCCGGUAAAACUUACUAUGGACGUGGUUGGUUUCAAUUAUCAUGGCCAUGCAAUUAUAAAGGAGCUGGUGAUGCACUUGGUGUUGAUUUACUAAAGGAUCCAGAAAUGGUUGCUGAAUCGGAUACGUUAGCUGCUGCAACUGCACUCUGGUUUUGGAAAGCUAAUAAUAUGGGUCAACCAGCAAGAGAAGGAAAUUUUGGAGGAACAACACAAAUUAUCAACCCUAUUGAAUGUGGAGCAACGCCCCAACAGGAAAACAGAAUUAGACGCUAUCAAAAAGUUCGAAAAUGUUUUGGCCUUCCUCCAGAAACUGAUAAAUUACAAUGUUGA